AUGACGGAUCGAAUCUUCUACAUUAACUCUAACUUGUCCUCUGUCCCUUGUGAAAGCAGUUAUUCAGCACUAGCACCUCCCACGGCUCCUUCUCCCCUUGGAUACUACCAUGUCCUCUACAAAGGUCAUACACAAGCCCAGAUGUCCUGGCAUGGGGAGACAUAUUGCUUGGUUGGAGGCUACCGAGUCUAUGGGGAUGCUCCCCUUGACACCCCUGCAAAGGCGAGAGAAGAGAAGCCAAUGCCCAGGCAAGCUUCCAAGAGAUGUCGAAUUCAGAAAGAGUCAGACCAAGAUCUAGGAUGUUCUAGUGCAAAGAUUCCUUGCCUGAAACUGAAGCACAGUGGCAAGAUGAUGUCCCCACAGAAGCAGUUUGCUUGA